AUGUAUCCGCUGAACCUUUUCUUUGGAUAUGCGCAGAAUGCGCUGGGGCGCUUUUCAAACCUCGGAAGCGAGCAACUUGCACCCAAAGUCUUCAUUGUUGCAAUGUUCGAUCAAGAAGCAGCGAACUGGCUUUCAGAUGAGAGUGAACUCAAAUUCGAACACACAAUCUCUAUCCCAGGCCUGUCACACGGGUAUGAAGAGGUGCACUGCACGGCCGACAAGGCAGUCUGUCUUGUAGUUACUGGAAUUGCAUUGGUGAAUGCUGCGCUCACUCUAUCGGCACUCACUUCAUCGGCUUUGUUCGAUCUUUCUAAAACGUACUUCAUACUCUCAGGAAUCGGUGGAGUUAACCCAAAAGUUGCGACCAUCGGCUCUGUGGCGCUGGCCAAAUUCGCAGUGCAGGUUGAUCUGCAGCUUGAAUUCGACGCGAGAGAAAUACCCUCGACAUGGCUGACCGGCUACGUCCCAAUGGGAGCCAAAUCCCACGAUUCCUAUCCUGACACAAUAAUGGGCUCAGAGGUUUUUGAACUCAACGACAACCUCAGACAACUUGCGCUAUCCUUUGCAAGGAGAGCAGCUCUGGUUGAUUCGCCUGCGGCGUCCAAGAAUCGAGCCUUGUACGCCAACUCUCCGGGAGGGGUCUAUGAUGCGGCGACCUCGAAGCCUCAAGUCAUUGAGGGCGAUGUCACCACCAGCAACAUGUUUUUCCAUGGAAAUAACCUGUGUGAAGGAUUUGAGAAGGUUGCCCAUCUGUACACGUCUGGCCAGGCAGCGUACUACAUGACAGCGAUGGAAGACACUGGAACCUUAGCCGCUCUGCUGCGGGCUGCGAUGCAGAAACGCGUUGAUUUCUCGCGUGUCAUUCUCAUGCGAGCCGGCUCAAACUUCGACAGGAGUCAUUCCCUUAGCGAGCUUGCUUCCUUGCCCUUCAUCUUUGACCACGGCGGAUUCACCCCAGCUUGCCGAAACCUUUACCUCACCGGAAUCAAUGUUGUCGAGGGUAUCCUUAAUGACUGGUCUAGCCGUUUUAGAAAUGGUGUUGAAGCAACCAACUACGUUGGCGAUAUAUUUGGUUCGCUUGGGGGAACGCCGGACUUUGGACCAGAGGCUUGCGUCCUUUAG